GGCGCUGGCCGCCCGCCAGCCCUUUCUCAUAAACCACAUGCUGCCGCGCCGCUAUAAAGGGGAGCGCGGCGGCGGCGGCGGCUCAGCCCGGCCCCGCUCGGCCCCGCCGCCGCCUCGCCCGCACCGCCCGGCCCCGCCGCACCGCCCGGCCCCACGGCAGCCCCCAUGCCCCGCCUCGGAGCCAAGGUGUGCCUGUUCCGCUGCACCCUGCCGUCAUUCUUCCUCCUCCUGGUCUGCAGCAUCCAUGAGACUGAGCAGAACAGCUACUGCCAGCAGAUCAUCACGGAGAAGCACCUGGCUGAGCUGGAGGAACUGGCUGACACCCAGAUGCAGCACCCAGGCAGGGUCUCCUUCAAGUUCAUCAACAAGAUGCAGCUGAAGGACUCCGUCUGCUACGUGAAAGCUGCUUUUCCUCUGCUGGGCAAGAUCCUGGAGCGAACCGAGUUCAAAGAGAACUCGCCCAACGCCAAGAAGAUGCAGACGGUGCGCAGGAUGUACAGCCGCAUCGACGAGAACGUCGACCCCUGCAUCAGAGAUGAGGAUGAUGAGGAGAGAAGGCUCUCACAGAUGUGCUUCGAGGAGUUCACCACCUCCCCCUAUGAGAUGCUGUUGCUGGUGAAGCAAUUCUUCCAGGACAUCAACCAGCUGCUGCAGAACCAGGAAACCUUUGAGAAGGAUUGCAGCCAGGUCUACCGCCGGACCUGCUUGGGGCCCAGGGAUGCUGGAUCCUCUCCAGGUGUGGGGACAGAUCCUGACUGCAAUUGCCUGUCCCCUGCCCUCCCUUCUGCCACCCAGCCCUCCCUCUCUGCUGCCACCCAUGCCGGCAGGGAGCUGGCACCUGCUAGCACCCAGGUCCCUUACAGCCUCCUCCAUGCCACCCUUGCUGACUUAGACACCCCGUCUCAGCCCCCCAGUAGCACGGACGGCGGCUCGGGGACCGAGGAGGUCCUGGGUGCCGGGGUAGGUGACACAGCAUUGGUGCCAUCCCCUGCGAUGCAGCAGCCAGAUCAAGCCGACAGCACCAAAGCCCUCCUGGAUCCGGCCGGGACCCUUAGCCUGGUGGCGGUGGACAUUUCCAUCCUCCGUGGGGAUGGAGAGCUGGUGGAGCAGGGCACUGGAAUGGUGGCCGGCCACCCGCCGCAGGAUCCAGCCCAGCAGCGGGGAGCCUCCAUCCUCCCGGAUCAUCCCGGCGGGCUCAGGACCACCGCACCGGCAGCAUCCCCCAGCGCCGACCCGGCAGGCGGCAGAGCCAGGAUCCGUCCCACCAAGGCAUUCGAGCCCGUCACACAGCUCCGAUUCUCCAGGAUGGCCCCGGGGAUGCGGGGCCGAGUGCUGGGUGGCCCCGGGGAUGGGCCGAGGGUGCAAGGCUGGGGGCUGAGCCGGCUGCGGGAGCCCGAGGACGGCGGGGCUGGCCCCAGCUUUGACUCUGGCUUUGUUCUGAGCGCAGAGCAGCGCAGGAAGGAGCCGGCCGUCAGGGAGGGCCACCGGGAGCCCCUGAUAUACAUCGCAGUGGCCACUGUGGUGGCCAUCUUGCUGGCCGUGGGAGGGCUGCUCCUCUACAAGUAUAAAUCCAGGGUCCUGGAGCGGCCACUGGAGGAUGGAGGCUGCGACCCCGAGGAGCCAGAGAGGAGGGCACUGCAGGGAGCAAGGCGAUGUCCAGAGCUGGAGACUCAGGACCUCUAAGGGCUCGAGGCGGGAUGUGAAGCUGUUCGGGGGACAGAUUCGGAUGCUCCUCGCCGUGCGAAGGAGGGUUGGCACGCGCUGGCCCCUCCGGUCCCACCAUGAUGCUGACGCUCCCUCUUCCCUUGUCCCGCGCCGGUGGCCAGAGACUGCAAAAAAAGAAAAAAAAAAAAAACAAACACUCCCAGGCAGGGGUGAAAGGAUGGGGGGGAUGUUCCCUGAGUGGGACCCCCCAGGCACCAGGAAGCGAAGGGCUGGAAGGUGUCGGACUCGCUGAGGGGCUUGGCCGGGAUGGUGGUGGCGGCUGAUGUGACACCGCAGUGCUGAGCAGGACGAAGGAGAGGCUGGAUGUGGGAUGAUGGAUCCCACGGUGACGUGGCCAACGCUGGCUGAAGAUGGAGGGGACCAGCUCCCUGAAUCCCCAGGCUCUUCUCCCACCCCAGCACAGCGGGGUUUGGAGCAGCGCCUGUCACCCCCCACCUUCACUCUGCCUUUCCCGAGGCUUCAGCCGGAGCAUCCCGGAUGACCAGAGGGUCAGUCGCCAGGACUCCCCCCACCCCGCCUCCAGGCUGCACAACCCCAGCCCUGACUUGUAACUUCAACCCUCACACUGUGAAUAUUUAAAGCCCACCAGUGCCUGCGUCCCCACGGGGGCCAGGCUUGGGGGGGUGUGAUGCUUGGCACCGUCCUGGUCCCCAUCCUCCUGCCACUGGAGAUCUGGCUCCAGUCCUGCAUGCCUGAGCUGGCCUCGGCUCGCCGUCGUGCUGUUAGGGUUUUAUUUUAAUAUAGUGGAUGAAAGUCUUUAUCCCGCAGAAGUAUUUUACGGGGGGCCCGUCCUGCCCCCUUGCAGGGUUAUUGCUGCGAGCUGGCCUCGCCUGCAACUGGAUUUCUUUUGUGACUGUGCUUUUGAGAAUGGAAACGGGGCUGGGGAAGGACUGGAUUGAUGUGGGUGUAAGAGAUGGAGAUGCCCCAGCGGGGUACCUGGGGGCUCUUUAGCUCAGCCCCCUCCCCUGCUCUGGGAAGAGCUUGGUUUGGGAUGCAGCACCGCUGCAGAUACCCCAAACCCCGGGCUUGGGCCUCAUCCUGCCCCACCGCAGCACCCCUCUGGCUUGAAUGUGAAGCGUGGCCCGCGCUGCUCUUGGGUUUUGAAGUAUUAUUUUUAUACAGUGGAUGAACCAAACUGUUUUUAAAGAAAGCAUUACUAUCUUUUUGUUUUUAUUUGUGUAUUUAUGACUGCAAAAAGGAGGGGUUUAGUGCAAGGGACUGGUCUAAAUCGGGAGGAAAGCCUUUCUGCAGUGGGGAGGCUGGGGCCAAACUUGCUGCUGGUGUAAGUCACUGGCUCGGCACUGAUUUGCACCACAGAGGAGAUGCUGACACCGUGCUGCCCCUGCUCCUGGGGGAGAAAAUGUGUUGGAUUUCUUUUGCCUUGUUUUUCUUUUUUUUUUUUUUUUGAUACAUUGAAAUUUUCAAAUAUUUUAUAUAAAGUCAUUUAAAGAAGUCUAUUUAAACAACUUGUAUAUUUAAUAUUAUUAAUAAACAGAGUCAUGUA